UUACACACUUUCCCCGAGAGGAACCAAGCAAUUAGCUCCAUCUUCACUGCCCCGAGGUCACUUGGCAGCACAUCAAAGAUACUGAAAAACAAAACCAGCUCUUUGCUUCCACAAAUUACUCUCUCUAUUAGCCAAAAAGUCCAACAAUCAUAAAGUAAAACAAUCAAGAAUGCUUUCUUCAAUAUCGUAUCGAUGCCACUCCUUUCGCUGGUCUCAGUCUCUGCUCUCUCACAUCCAAAGUCUCCUCAAGUUUCACACUUUCCCAUCAACAGAUCCAUCUCUUUCUACAAAACCUUCUAAACCGAGUUCAUCUUCUAAUCACGACAGUCCAAAAUCAGUGUUAAAUUCUAUGCUUCUGAACAAUUCGAUUCACAAACAGUCAAUCGCCGCCAAUUCGCUCGAUUUCGACCAGAACACGGUGCUCGAAACAAUCUCGUGCUAUGGCAAUGAUUGGAAACGAUCCUUUGAAUUUUUCAACUGGGUCGAGACUGAAUCUGGGUUCAAACACAGCACGGAGACCUACAAUCGAAUGAUUGACAUUUUGGGUAAGUUUUUCGAGUUCGAUAUUGCAUGGAAUCUAAUUGAACGAAUGAAAAAGGACGUGUAUGCAUAUCCUGAUCAUACCACAUUUCGUAUAAUGUUCAAGCGCUAUGUAUCUGCACACCUUGUUAAUGACGCAAUAAGUACAUAUGAUAGAAUGGAAGAAUUUAAUUUGAAGGACCAAAUGUCGUUUUCGAAUCUUAUUGAUGCAUUGUGCGAGUACAAGCAUGUAUUUGAAGCAGAAGAGUUGUGCAUAAAGAACAAUAACAAUGACAAGAACUUGCUUUUUAGUGCAAAUACGAAGAUUCAUAAUAUGAUUCUUCGUGGGUGGUUUAAAGUUGGUUGGUGGCGUAAAUGUAGAGAGUUUUGGGAAGAAAUGGAUAGAAAAUGUGUUUGUAAAGAUUUACAUUCGUAUUCGAUAUAUAUGGAUAUACAAUGCAAGAGUGGUAAGCCAUGGAAGGCUGUGAAAUUGUAUAAGGAGAUGAAGAAGAAGGGAAUUGAAUUGGAUGUGGUGGCGUAUAACAUUGUUAUUCGUGCUAUUGGUAUUUCUGAUGGUGUUGACGUAGCAAUUUGGCUUUUUCGUGAGAUGAUAGAACUGGGUUGUGAACCUAAUGUAGUAACUUAUAAUACAAUAGUGAAGCUUUUGUGUGAAAAUGGGAGGGUGAGGGAAGCAUAUAAAGUGCUUGAUCAAAUGUCCAAGAAGGGUUGUGCUCCAAAUGUGAUUACAUAUCAUUGCCUUUUUGGAUACCUUGAAAAGCCUAGAGAAAUUUUGAAGCUGUUUGAUAGGAUGAUUGGAAGUGGUGUUUGUCCGAGAAUGGACACAUAUGUGAUGCUUAUGAGAAAAUUUGGUCGAUGGGGUUUUCUUCGGCCAGUUUUUAUUGUGUGGAAGAAGAUGGAAGAGCAUGGGCUGAGUCCGGAUGAAUUUGCUUACAAUGCUCUCAUUGAUGCUUUGGUGCAGAAGGGUAUGGUAAAUAUGGCUCGGAAGUAUGAGGAAGAAAUGUUAGCGAAAGGGCUUUCAGCUAAGCCAAGGGCAGAGUUGGGGACAAAGCUGGUGAAUGGAGAAUCUGAAGAAGGUUGAUUGGAACUGUAGGUGUACUUGAGGACGGAUGGUUACAAAACCGUGUUCAUGGAUUCAGAGCAUGAGUUUAUUUUCACCUCACCCAUAUGUUAAUUAGAAAAAAAUGGAAAUUAAUUGUUAUCAAUCUGGAUGAUGCUCAAAGGACAUGAGUGGUUUUAAAUUGUGAUACAGAGAUGUCAGCUGGAAUGCACUUUUUGGGUACAGACCAGUAACUUCUUCAUGAAUGAGCUGUACCUUCUUCAAUCACAGAUUUUACAUUUGGAGUAUGAACUCUGUGCUUUACUGUUUUCAAAUGAUUGCAAGAAGUGCUGAAUACAUUUUCAUAUCUUGGGAAAUCUGAAUUUUGGUUCCUGUAAACUUCAGUGGUAGCAGAUCAGACCAUCUUAUGCUGAAUGUGGGACAAAGUGCAUUGAAGAAUUGAAACAGCAUGGGGAAAAACGAGUCUUUUGACUAAUUUGGCAUAUUCAAUGUCAAUCUCACGUCUGUGGUUAAAGCUUGGGCUGCCAAGCAGGAAAACAUGAGUUGGAGUCUAGCUGCAAUUACACUGUGCAAAGAAUGUCUAAGGCUGAGAAUUGCCUGCUGAAAACAUCUUACAGUAAUAAGGAGGAGGCAGUAGGUCUUGAACAGAAAUGCUUUCAGGAUGGGUUUCAGGUCAAUUUUUAAAUGGUUUGAGCUCUAUGUUUAUUGUUUUUUUUAAGAAAAUGAGAAAACUGUUUGGCAAAAAAAGUCACUUGACUGGUUAAUUCUAAUGGGCAUUUUGCAUUGAUUCAAUGGCCAAAAUGCUUCUUUGAUAUAUUUUCUCUUUUUAUUGUUUUGCACUUGUAAAUUACAACAAUAUCCUUGGACAAGAAAGCUAGAAGUAGGGUCAAAUAGUUUAUUUUUUUCUCAUAAUUCACAAGUACUUUCUUCUCUGCUCAUUAUUCUCAGGUUCUCGUUGUUUUUGACUCACGUGUUUAAAUCUCUUCUUAUUGUGUUGUAUAUCAUAUAAAAACUUGAAUUGAUGGUCUGAUCAAAGAAUAAUUAAGAAUGAGAUUUUCUGAUUUUUGAGAAAUCGUUGUUCCAAUUCAAUUUAGCAUGUCCUCUUUUUUUAAUUGUUCAUUGUUUAGUUGUUAUGAUUAUUGUUAGUUUUUUCUAGUAUUUCUGUUUUAGUAGUUAACUUAUAUUGUUUAAUUAUUUGAUUGGUUAUUAGUUUACUAAUAUUUAAGCUUUAUUUUAUUUUAUUUUUAAAAACAAAUUUUGUACUUCAAUUAAAUUUAAUACUUAAAAUACAUAAGGUGGAUUACAGGAAUAGAAAUACCACAAUUAAUCUAGAUGAGGAGAAUGAAUUAAAAAUGGAAUACAUGGUUCCCUACUUUCUCCACAGGGACACCAAGGUUGUGUCAAUCUUGUCAUACUUCUAAUCCCUUUGCACCCUCAUCUCAGCGACUGAGGUUUCUGCACCAUCAUCUAUAAGAAGAAUUUCAGACGGUACUAUUCAGCUGCUCCUUAUCAUGCUGGGAGCAGUAGCUGCAAAUUGAUCUCUAGUCGUAAUAGAAAAUCCAAUAGCUGUUAUUCAAAACACCCUUCUCUUUUUUGCUUCUAGUUUUCGUAAGCUAGAAAACCACUUUGAUAGUAAAUGCACAUGAUAUGAGACAAAAGAGGCUGGUUUCUUUUACCAAAAGAUAAAAGAGCUUAAAAUUUGUGUGUGAGAACCAAAGUUAAACAAUUGCUAGACAGAGUCUUUCUUCUCCGCCACCAAAAUCCUUUUUUUUUUUUUUUUUGAUAAGUAAGAUUUUAUUGAAAACACUCAAAAAGGGAGCGGAUCCCAAAGAAACACAAGGGCCAAAAGGCGCCUCAAACCUUCAAAAAGGCCAAAAAAACAAUAAUCUCCUAAAUAGAUCUAUAAUCUCUCCCUGAGACCCAAUAAAAAAGAGUAGAAAUGAUAGGGAACUUAAGCAUAGAAAUAGGUUUCUCCUUUCCCUCAAAAUAUUUCCGAUUUCUCUUGAGCCAAAUGCACCACCAAAUACAAAGAGGCGUAGCCCUGCAGGCAUCCUGCACGAGAGCCCCAAUAGAGACACCUCUCCAAGCCUCAAUUAACCCUCUGGAGGAACAAGGCAUAACCUAAAAGACACCAAAUAAUCCAAGCAUCAAAUCCCAAUAGUCUCUGGCCUUGCUGUAAUGCAAAAGAAGGUGAUCAACUGUCUCCUCAUCGCACAAGCACAUAUAACAUCGAUUGAUCACCACCUGAUUCCUUUUCUUCAAAUUAUCCUGGGUUAAAAUCUUACCCAGGACGGAAGUCCAAGUAAAGAAAGCUACCUUAAGGGGGGCCUUAGAACGCCAAAGAGGCUUUUAGGGGAAAGGGCCUCCGGUGCGGACCAAAAGGCACCUAAAAAAGGACCUAACCUCGAAACGGCCCUGAGAGUUAGGAACCCAAAUCCAACAAUCUGGUUCCCCACCAGUGAUCACCUGGCGAUAUAAAACCUCUGAAAAAUGAGUAACCUCCUUAAUCUCCCAGUCCUGAAAGUGCUUCCUCAAGGUGAUAACAGUCAACCACCAUGGCCUAUCUAUGAGAAGCAAUCCUAUAAAGCCGUGGAAAAGCGAGGGCAAGGGGAGUCUCCCCACACCAAAGAUCCUCCCAAAAUCUGAUCCUCUUGCCAUUCUUGAUCCGAAAACGAACCUGCUUGCAGAAAGCAUCCCACCCCCUCCGAAUGAAAGUCCAAACCCCCACCCCCUUAGGACCACGCACCUUAAGAGAGCACCACCCACCACUGCUCUCCCCAAACUUGCUCGCAAUAACUCUCCUCCAAAGCCAAUGCCUUUCAAUCCCAAACCUCCAAAGCCAUUUACCAAGGAGGGCCUUAUUGAAAGGCAAUAACCUCCUAAUCCCUAAGCCUCCACUCCAAAUCGGGCAGCACACAUGAUCCCACCGAACCAGAUGAUACUUGAACUCCCUUCCCCCCUCCAAAAAAAAAAAAAAAAUGUUGCACUGCAUCUCUUAAUUCUCUCAGCUAUUGAAGAAGGAAUCUGAAAGAGAGUGAUUAAAUAAGUGGGGAGGCUAAAAAGAGGGGAGGCUAGAAAGUGUGCUCUUAAUCAGAAUGACCCGACCCCCCUUGGAGAGGUAGUAGAGGUACUGCUUUUCCAACCCGCCAACCUCCUCUCAAAUCUAUCCACAACCGGAUCCCAGCUCCUACACAUCUCGAAGGGGCUCCCAAAGGCAACCCUAAGUAAGAAAUGGGAAAAGAACCAGUGUUACAUCCAAGAAUCUGAACAAAUAUCUCAAUCUCAGGAACAUCCCCAACAGGCACAAGAACGCUUUUACCAACAUACACCUUAAGGCCACAGACAACUUGGAACUAAAUCAAGACACAUCUCAAAUAUCUCAGUUGGGACGCAUCUGCAUCACAAAGCACUAAAGUAUCAUCCGCAAACAUCAAGUGGGAGAUCUCCAGUUGACUAGCAACAUCCCUGUCCACCCGAAAACCUUUCAAAAAUCCCAACUCCACAGCCUUCUUCAACAAUCUGCUAAGAGCCUCCAUCACAAAAAGGAACAAGAAGGGAGAAAGCGGAUCACCUUGUCUCAAGCCCUUCGAACAGAGAAAAAACCCGUCGGGGCUCCAUUCACAAGGACAGAGAAUCGAGCAUUAGAAAUGCAAAAAAGAAUCCAUCUCCUCCAACACCCACCAAACCCCAUCCUCUCCAAUAAGUAGAGGAGGAAGCUCCAACUCACAUGGUCAUAAGCCUUCUCAAUAUCCAGCUUGCAUAAAAUACCUGGAACCCCACAACUCAAACGGGAGUCCACACAUUCACUAGCAAUAAGAACGGAAUUCAAAAUCUGACGACCUCGCACAAAGGCAUUCUGAGAGUCAGAAAUGAUGCCAUCCAUAACCUUCCUCAACCUAGUGGCCAAGACUUUAGCAAUCAACUUAUAAAAACAACCCACCAAACUAAUAGGGUGAAAAUCCCUAACAUCCAACGCACCUCCCUUCUUCGGAAUAAGAGCAAUAAAAGUGGCAUUCAAACUCUUCUCAAAAGAACCCUGAUCAUAGAAGGCGUGAAAAGAGCCCAUCACCUCCUCACGGACCACCUCCCAGCACUCCAAAAGGAAUCUCAUAAAAAAUCCAUCUGGACCUGGGGCUUUAUCCCCAUUACAACUCUUCAAAGCAAACAAAACUUCCUCCUCCGAAAAUGGCUCUUCUAGAAUAGAGCACUCCUCACUCGAAAUAGAGUCAAAGUGAUGCCCUACAAGCAAAGGUCGCCAUCCAGCUAGUUCAGUGAAUAACCUCGAAAAGUAAUCAGUAAAACCCUUUUAAAUCUCCUCCUCCUCACAAAAAAUCACCCCAUCUACCCUAAUCCUCCCAAUGUAAUUACCCCUUCCUUGAGCCACAGAGCUCUAGACUUCUGCCUCCACGAAAUCUCCUCCAUGACAGCGAUCUCAGCAAACUAUGCCUGACAUUCCACCCUCCUAAGCUUCAAGGGAACCAGCAAAAGGCCGUGACCCUCCAUCCUAUCGAUAUCAGCAAUCUUAAAAAGCCCGAUUCUUUCUCCAAGUCAGAUUUUUGAAAACCUCUUUGUUCCACACUUUAAGAUCAUUCUUCAAAAGACGCAACUUGCCUAUGAUAGAAUGACUAGGGGUACCAACCACUCCAUACCCCACCCACCAGGAUUGGACUCGCUCCAGAAAACCCUCAGCCCGAAGCCACAUAUUCUCAAAUCUGAAAGGGGACCUUCUGCUACGCAUCCCACCACAAUCGAACAUCAACGGAACUUGGUCAGACAAAGGGCGAGCUAAAGUGGUUUGAACAACAUCAGAAAACUUCUCCUCCCAAUCACUCGACAAAAGGAAUCUGUCAAGUUGAGAGAGAGUAGGAGGAGAGCGACCACUGGACCAAGUGUACGGCCCACCCACCAAAGGCAAAUCAAACAAACCAUAAGUGUCAAUGAACUCUGAGAAGGACAUCAUGUCGGCUGUCCACCUGCCCCCUGAUGACCUCUCAAAAGGAGAGCGCACUACAUUGAAAUCCCCACCUAUACACCAAAGCAGCGACCAUCUCCUACGAAUCUCCCCCAACUCCUCCCAGAGCAAAUGACAAACACAAUCCUCUGAAGGACCAUAGACGCCAGAAAAAACCCAACGAAAACCAUCAUCCACCAAAGAGAGAACGCAAAAAGCUGAGAAAAGCCCAACCUGAGAAUCCAACAAAGACACCCACCGGUUAUCCCACAUAAUCAGGAUACCACCCAAAGAGCUAAUCUCAUCCAAAGCAAACCACUCCACAAAUUUCCCUCUCCACAAGCUUUGAACAAUCCCAUCCGUUAUCGAGGCAAUUUUGGUUUCUUGCAGGCACACAACAUGCUCACCCCCUUUCCGAAUCACCGAUUUCACCACUUUCCUUUUAGCUGGGUCGUUGAGUCCCCGGACAUUCCAUGAAAGAAUUUGUAGCUUUAUAGGGAAACAGUAGAAAUAACAGUCUCUCCCCUCCUUCCACUAGCCCUCUCCCUAGACCCCCUACUCCUCUUUUCAUAAGUAACAAAAGUCGAGCCUCUCCUCCCUCCCCACUGGGAAACUCCCGUUAUUUCCCAUUCUUUCAACAAAUUGAGUAUUGAGAACAUCAAAAAAUAAACUUGUCACCUCCUCCAUCCGACCCUCAAAAGAAACUCCCAAAAUAGAACCCACCUCAACUCCCGUUUCCCUUACCCAAUCAUUCUCCAAGGCAGCCACACCUGCAUCAAAGCCAUUCCCAUCCACAAAGUCCCCUUCCGGUCUGACAACAGCCAAAGGGGUAAGCAACUCAAAAUCAGACUCACAUCCAUUCCACAUAACCAAACCCAGAUCCUCAUUUAAGCGGGAACACGACCCAUCCUCCCCAAUCCCAACAGCCGACGAGGAUGGAGAACAGCAAGACUACGGAGUCCCAAACACUUCAUCAGCUAAGUGACCACUCUGCUCGUUUUGAAGACCUUUCAAAGCAAGAUGAGCCCGCAAUUCAUUCAAAAGCAUUGCAGCAGUAUCAUUAUCCAGAGCAAUCUUCACAUCACAUCCCACAUAAACAGUAACACUCUCUCCCUUGCACUCAACAGAACGAGAGUGGCUAAACCCAUCAACCUUACAGCCCCCAAGCAAAUCACCCCACCCAUUCGCCAACCCAUCCUCAAAAGCCGAGGAAAGGUUUUUGGACACAGAAUUCAGCCUCUCUGAGGACUUACUCACCAUAACCGAAGAAGGAGAAAAUGGAGCGGAUGAAGGAGCAAUAGAAGAAAAGUUUUGUUUAGAGCCAGACUUACCCGGAUCAAGAAUAACACAAGGAACCUACUUCUGUUUUUCCUUCCGAGUCCAUCUUCGUCAAAAGGAAGGAAGAAGAAACCGCUUCUUAGACUUCAAUUGGUGACCCUGCGGUGGCUUCCUAGCUUGCCAAUCAACUGUGACAGGAGAUGAACCAGCCGGCUGGGCCGAUGGACCAUCAACUGAUGCAGAGAGUGGUCUAAAGCGGUUAGCCACUUCAAGACUAGAACAAACAGGCCCAACCAAUUCAUGCUGAGAACCCUGCCAAGCCACAGUGCCACAACCCAACCCAACAGAGGGACCAUUCGUGGGUAGAGACACAUCAGUUUGGGCCGCCUUACCUUUAACAAGACCACAACGCACCGGUUCAUGCACAACAUUAAUAAAAGGCCCAGAGACCGGCCCACAAGGAACAUGAGCCCGCACAUCCAAAUCUCCAAUCGCUGGCCCAUUAGCAAGCCCACCAACACAUGAUGUCAACUUCUCCGUGCUUGGCCUUACAAAAGAAUUUGAAUUGACACCAGCUGUAUCCCACUUGGAACGGGUCACACUUCUGCGCCAACCACGUGUAAGGGAAUCUUUUCUCCCCCACCCACGCUCCGGCUGCGCGUGAAAGCCACCUCUAUGAAGACUCCUAUCCCAUCUCUGUAACUGAUGGCCAAAACCUAAACCGCCGCCCCUUUGAACAUACCGACCACCAACCGACGAAGAAGAACUUUCUCGCCUUUUCUGAGUGAAGCGUCGUCUAAAACACACUGUUGCGUUCCCAAAGAUUAUCCCUCCUUCCUUCCAAUGCCGGAAUUCAGCCAUCCCCUUUUCACCGAUAGAAACCCAUCUCAACCACUCCACCUCCUUCAGCAAGUAUCCAUCCCCACCCUCCAAGCUAUCAGUUGUCGGGACAAGUUAAGGAGGCAUUUCCUCCCAAACAGCCACCUUAUAGCAAAAGCGGUCGUCAUGAACAAAGAUGAACGGCGGGCAAGCACAACCGUCAGACACAGUGAUUCGAACCUUCUCAGCAUUAAGGGACUCAUCAACAUCCACCCAGAUGAAACCUCCACACAAAUCCCCAAUCAUCACAAAUAGAGCGUGACUCCAAAGGUGCAAAGGGAGGCCGUACAAUGUCACCUUCUUCAACCUUUGCUCUUUCAAAACGUUGGAGCAACCCACUCUGAAAUUCCACGAGUCCACAGAAAGGGUAGCCUUCCCCCAGUCACGACGCCCCCCCUUGAGCACUCUUUCUGCUUCCGCCGAAGAGGAAAACGGAAGAGGAGCAAAGAGUCCGGCAGAGGUGACACAACCACCGCUGGAGACACAUUCCAAGCACGCGAGGCCCAAUCUGCAAUCUGAGCCCUAUAUCCCACUUCUUUGUCGAAUUUCCCAACCAAAGAUGACCUCAGAUCCUCCCUUCUCUUACCCACUGAGUCACCGUCCAAGAAAAACGACGCCCCUCUGUACGUAGAAGCAGAUCUCACAAAGCCUCCUUGGAACAAACGUGGAAGACUCGCAACCUCCAAGAAAGAAAGCAUAACAAAACCCAAGCCACAAGAGAGGAAAGAGAAAAAUCAAGGAAAGUAACUGAGGAUUUCACUGGAGUAGAUGACUCCGGUGACUGGUCGGAGCAGUAGGCUCUCCGUUACCGGAAGCUUUCUCUCUCAUGUCCGUCGAAGUUCUUCUCCGCCACCAAAAUCCUAUUCACUAGCAGAAGAAACCAUUGCCUUUGGUAAGCUCAAAUCAGUGAGAAAAACCAAUUUGAGUUUUUUGUUUUGGUCACUCACUGCCCACCAGUUUGGUUGCUUGCAUAUUUGUUGUGGCACCAGAUCCCUCCAAUCCCUCUGAUUCCGGAUUCAACAAUAUCAGGAUCUUUACCAGUGAAUUCCUCAUUUUUUUUUAUAUUUUUUUUAUAUAUUUUUUUUCUUUGUGUAAAUUUAUUAAAUUUCAUAUUUCUAAAUAGAAAUUUUUUUUUAUAGAUUUUUUCUAACUUGGCUAUUCAAAAGGUUUUUUUGAGUUAACGAGUGUCAAUCAGUUGAGGGAAAGGAAGAUUUAUAUUCUUAAUAAAAUUUAUGAUUUGGAUAGAAGGCAGAAUGCCGUGGAAGAGUCCCAGAUGCUUUGAAGUGUUAAUUUUGGUUGGUUUG